AUGGCAGGAUUAACGCGGCUUGCUCAGUUUUGGCUCCUCCUUACUGCACCGGUUGUGCUGAUUGACGCCGUAUUCGUCCUCACCCGGGCGGCGUCGCCGGACGAGCCACAUCCGUUGGCGAACACGCCACCGUUCAGCUUCUGGGAGUUGUACGCCACGUACGAUCGCCGCUACGGCCCCAACGAUGACGCCUUCGUUGUGGUGCAGAGCUGGCUGAACCUGCUGGAGAUUGUAUUGGGUGUUUUUUCGGUGGUGCUCACGUGGAAGGGCGACGCAUGCCGCAGCGUAAAACUUGCGCUCAUUGUUAGCGUCAUGACGGCCUACAAGACGGUGUUGUAUUUGGCGCUGGACGUCGCGGAGGGUGGGAAGUAUACGCGCCACAACACCGCGCUGGACAUGCUGACAAUGGUGUUGCUGCCCAGCUCGCUGUGGAUCGCCGUGCCGACGGUGGUGGCGCUGCAGUGCCUGCGCCGUCUGUCUGCUACCGCCGGCCGCGGCGCCACACCGUCGCUGAAGAAGGCGAAGCGAGGAUAG